AUGCCGUCGCUUACCACCGUAGCAAUCUGGGCUGGCACCUUUGGCCUUGCCUCGGGGGAUUGGCAAUUCCGCUCGCGGCCCGAUCUGGCUCCACCACGACUGAACAUCACCAUCCCGGCUACGGAUGAAGUGGCUCCCGGUUACAUCUUCGUUGCUCCCUACUCUGGGAUUCAAGGGCCUGGUGCUAGGCCGGAGCAGCCUGCCGGCUACAUCUUCACCAACACCGGCGAUCUGGUGUGGUCAAGCCUGGGUCAUCUGGCCGGAUGGGUUAAUAAUCUACGGCCAGUCACAUACGAGGGGAGACCUGGCCUGCAGGCGUUUCACGGGAGUGUCGACCCAAUUCAUGGGCACGGCUAUGGCAUACCCGUGAUCCUCGACCAGAGCUACAGGCAGAUCGCUGCUGUCCAGAGCCGUUCGGAGAAGCUGCUCUCCAUUCAUGAAUUCAGGAUUGUCGGCCAGAAGACUGCGUUGGUUGAGGUGUAUCAGCCAACACCGAUGGACUUGACGCCGUACGGUGGGAGCCGUGGCGAGAUGUGGAUAGCUGAUGAGAUUUUCCAAGAGAUCGACAUUGCCACUGGGGAAGUCAUCUUUGAGGGGCACAGUCUCGACUUUGCGAGCCCAGCAGAGAGCGUAAUAUCUCUCCGUUCAGGUGUGGCCUCCACCGGCCAGAACUCGAGCGAUGCCUGGGACUACUUUCACCUCAACAGCAUUGACAAGGAUGACGAAGGGAACUACCUAGUGUCAGGCUGUCAUACAAGCACAAUCUACAAGAUCGAUGGCCAGAGCGGCGACGUGAUAUGGCGGCUUGGCGGCCGCAUGUCCAACUUCUCUCUCACCGGGGGCUGGACCUUUGGCUUCCAACACGAUGCUCGCUUUCUGGGACGAUCUACGGAUGAAACACUUGAGACAAUCUCGUUCUUUGACAAUUCCGCACGGUCUAAUGCGUCCAAGCCCGACGGGAUCGAGCAUCUGAAUCCGUCCUCCAGCGGCCGUAUUGUGCUUCUCAAUCACGAGGACGGGACCGCCAAGGUUGUACAGACUUUCAUCCCACCUGAUAACCUCUCAGUGUCGUCCCAGGGAAAUACACAGGCCCUUGACAAUGGCAACGUCUUCAUCAGCUGGGGUCAGAGAGGCGCCGUCACCGAGUUCAAGGCCGAUGGCACUCCGAUCUUCCAUGCGAACUUGGAUUCAGGGUUGGCCGCGGUCAGUGUGUGGAACUACCGCGGAUUUAGACACGAAUGGACAGGAGAGCCCUUUCAGAAACCGUCUAUUGUCGCCUUGCGCGGACGAUCUAAUACGACGGUCUACGUCAGCUGGAAUGGCGACACCAAGACGAAGAUGUGGCGCUUCUUUGCAUGCUUCGGCAGUCGGUCCAAAAAUAAGUCAACAUCUGUUAAGCUUGCGGGAGAAAGCACCAGGUCCUCGUUUGAGACCAGCUUCACCCUGCCGGACUGGUUGGACAAGUAUCGCGGUCUCGGAAUCGGGUUCUUUGCCGAGGCAGUCGACGCUAACGGCACGGUACUGACCACCACGGACGAGAUCACCGUACAAGUGGAUGUCAAUCAAGAAAUGGAGUAG